AUCUAUUUCUCCACCGGAACUAUGGUGUCGCACUAUUUCUCCAUCAAACUAUUGCCUCGUUUCAUUUCCCCACCAAACGAAAGUUAAAUAUCUAUAUACCCACCAUAUCAAAGUUAAAUAUCUCUUUCCCCACCCGACAAAAGUUAAACACUCAAAUCCACGUAAAACCAUGUUUAGUUGGUUAAUUAGUUUGGUUAAGACGGGUUAGUAAUACUGAAUCUUGACUUAACCGAACUUAAUUAUUUUUAACCCGACUUAACCAUCCUAAUCUAUCUAAACCCAAAAAAUCCCCAAAUCAAAAACCCAAGAACCCUAGAACGUGAAAUAGAGAGAGUGGGAGAAAAUUCCUGAGAGAAAACAACAGGAAAUCGAUUGAAUUCGUGUUUACCAUGUCUGUAGUACCUAUAAUCGGCGAAGGAGAGUUCGAAAUUGAUGAUGAAGAAGUUGAGCGAGAAGAGUUUGAACUCGACGAAUUGUUGCGAAAUUUCGUGAGUGAGCCGCAAAUUCAGCAUGACGUCUUGCCUGAGAGUGAUGAAGAUAAUGAGGAAGAAGAAAAUCCUGAAGCCCCACAGAGAAUGAGGACGCAUAUACGCCGUGGUGAUGGGCAUUUGUACCGAGACCAGACAUUCUUCAAUGGUGUGGCUUUCAAAGACAGAGUCCUCGAUUAUGCUCUUAGGACUCGCUGCAAUAUCAGACAAUACAGGUAUGAUAAGGAUAAGCUUGGUUUCGAAUGUGCUGGUCAUGGUGAGAAUGAUGAAGCUUGUGGCUGGAAAAUUUAUGCUUCGAUCCUGCCGAAGGAUAAAAUUUGGAGAGUUAGGUUGUUUGUAGAUAACCACACAUGUGAGGUUAAUGGAGAGUGUGAGAUGGUGAAGGUCCCUGUGAUAGCUAGGUUGUUUGUGAACAAGAUCCGUGAAGAGCCGGCAUACUAUAUGCCUAUGAAGAUCGAGGAAUUGAUCAUGGCAAAUUGGUCUAUUAGUGUGUCUAGGCCUCAGUGUCAAGCUGGUAGGAAUAAAGCUUUGAAGUGGAUUAAGAGUGAACAUGAUCAACAGUUUGCACGCCUUAAAGAUUAUGCUGCCGAGAUAGUAGAAUCAAAGCUUUGUUUGAUUAAGUUUGUGGUUCUGUUUCAGGGAUUGAUCAGAGCUAUUAAGAUAGAGUUGCCUAAGAUGGAGCAUCGGAAGUGUGUAAGACACAUUUACGGGAAUUUGAAGAAGAAACAUGGCAACAAAAAACAGAUGAAGUCUUACAUAUGGAGUGUAGCAUGGAGCUACAAUGAAGCAAAGUAUCAGCAAAACUUGGACAGGUUAAGUUGCUACGAUACAGGUGUGUAUACAGAUGUUAUGGCUACAAAUCCGAAGAGUUGGUGCCGAGCUUUCUUCAAGCUGGGAAAUUACUGCGAAGAUGUGGAGAACAACUCGACAGAGUCCUUUAACAGCUCCAUCAACAAGGCAAGAGAGAAGCCAUUUGUGCAUAUGCUCGAAACAAUAGCAAGACUUGCUAUGGUACGUAUAGCCACAAGAUCCAGAGAAUCUCAUGAACACCAAGGAAAAUGUACACCAUAUGUGCAGAGAGUUCUCGCUAAGGCUCUUGUUGAUAAGCCCUUUAAAGACGGAGCCAACAAAUGUGUUAUUAGAAGAAGCGUUAAAGGCUACUUUGACUCAAGAUUGAAUGGCCAAACUCAUCGUGUCCAUUUGGAGAAAAGAACUUGUUCGUGCAGGAAGUUCGACAUCACUGGAAUUCCAUGUAAGCAUGCAUAUGGUGUGAUGCUGAAGUUAAAGGUUGAUCCGUCAGACUAUGUUUGUGAGUGGUUUCGCACGGCUAAGUGGAGAAGAAACUACACAGAUGGAAUUGUUCCAGUCAGGGGUUCUAUGUUUUGGCCCAAAACAGAUGCUCCUGAUGUACAUGCUCCACCUGUAGAGGAUGAACAAGGGGAAGAAACAGAGGGAGAACGAGGGAAAGAAACAGGGAAGAAGAAGAAGAAGCUCACCAAAGCGGAUAAGACAAGGAAAAGAGGUGUGAAUGAGUCACCAACCAAGAAGCUACCAAAAGCCAAGAAAAGGACUAUGCAUUGUGGCAUUUGUGGUAAGGCUAAUCACAACUCGAGGUGGCAUGCAAAGCAGGGCAAGCAUGAUGAUUCGGUACCGGUAAGCACAUCUCAAACUGCAGGUGAAGCCUCACAAGGAACUCUCACUCAAGCUAGUGUUUCUCAAGCUUGAAUGAUUUGAUAUGUAAUGGCAUCUAUUAUCUUUUGUUUUGAACUUAAUUUUCGACAGCUAUGUAAUGACAUAUAUCUUUGGUUUUGAACUUCAUGGUCUUGGAUCCAUGUAAUGUAAUGACAUUUAUCUAUCUUUGUUUUGCACUUCAUAUUAUCUUUGUUACUGCAACUAAAAGCUUGUAUAUUUUCUUUAAAAUCAUUGCAUUCUACUGAAUAAAAUAGGCUUAACAAUCAUCUUAAAAUAGACAAAGUCAUUGCAUUAAUAAAAUUGAAACCAUGUCAAAGUACACAAACCACAAUGAUCAAACACACAAAACACAAGAUUACUAAAACAAAGGUCAUUCCUAUAUAAACCUUUUCAACCAAAGAGCUUACUAAACCCAACCAUGCCCAUACACAAAACAACUACAACAACCAUCAUUUUCUUCAUCGUAGAAGAUGAUUCAACCAAAGCCUCUUCAACUCUCUCGAAAAUCUCCUUCUCAAGCUUCAUUUGCAUAUUCUCAAACACUAUUCUCUCAAACUCAUUCCUCUCCAUUGUAACUGUCUCCAGUUUUGCCGCAAGUGAAGCAUUUUUCAUUUUUAAUGCCUCUAUCUCAUCUAAAUAAGCCUCAUCGACCCACUUGAAAGUGUGGUUGUCAUUCGAGAGCUGUGCAUUAUUUAGACAAAAAAUUAUGAAAAGAAAACAUUAACUAACACAAUGAAGAAGAAGCAAGGAUUAAUCAAAUUACCUUCUUAGAUACAGCAUAUCCGCAACGAUAGUAACGCCGGUACGGAUUGUUGCUGGAUUUAGAAACCAAUUCCAUUAUUUGAACCCCACAAUGACAAAGUCUCGGCACACCAAACACUCUGCCUCCAGAACGUCCACUUGACGAACCACUAGAAGCUCCAGACACGUUACUCAUGGCUUUAGAUCUGAAAAUUAACACAAAGUGAGAAGAGAUUAAGAACAAAAAGCAAUAAGCACUCGACAAUAAGAAAAGAA